CAUUUUCUAUUCGAUUCAGCUGAUACAUACGGUGUUCAAGGUCGCUGUUGGUCAUCAUAGGCGAAAACGCAAGCCGGGAAUAGCGGAAAAAAUGAAGAGGCUAGGCAGAGCCCUUGGAAUGGGCAAGAGACCGAUCGAUGGACAUUCCCACAAGCCUGAACCAGCUGACAGUUACACUGAGCAUGAGAGUCGUGAAGAGAAACGAAAACUUCUCCGCAAAGCGCGUAAAGAUGUGAUUUCUGGUAUUGAGAGCGACAUAGAGGACAUCACUGAACGGCAUGAACAAGCCAGUAAAAACGUCAAUAAAUUCCAAGCGGAUUUCAACGAGAUGGAGAACAAGGUUUACUGCCUUGGACAUAUAAAAGCUUGUGCACGGCAGAUAGAAUCGAUAAAAACGGGAGUGAAUUGUCCGGCCUUAAUUCCAGUUGACACGACUAAUGAAUUUUUAAAAUUAGAACGGCAAAGACUUCGCGAAAUUCAAUUUGAAAAGAAAGCGCUUCAACAGGAAGUAAAAAUGGCAGGCGAAAAGCUGCAAGAUAUGACAGAUUUGUACAAUAUUGUUUUAAGCACAAAAUCUGUGCCACCAAGGGUGGCUGUAGCCGUCAGAGGAAGAAAAUCAAAUGCUACUGCUUGUGUCGAGCAGACCGAAAAGGCCCUUAGCACUUUGAUUGAAGAUGAGAAACAGGCCAAGCAAAAAAUCGGAAUUGAUCCAUGCACAGACGUUGCAACAAUAGAUGAAACAGAUAUAAUUGCAGACUUGAAAACUGGCCGAGAAGAUCCGAUCGCAAGAAAGCAAUUGCUUAAGGAACUAAAUAUACAGGCACAACAGGAAAUGACGAGUCUGAAGACGAAAAAAAAGCAAAUAUCAGAGGAGUUGACCACUGCCAAAACGAAAGAGAGUAAAGUCCGCGAGGAAAGAGAAAGGUUAGAAAAAAAAAUGGAAGAUCUGCAGCGGAUGGACAGGGAACAACAUGCACGGACUAUGAUAUUGAUCCAGGGCAGUCUGAUAGACGAAGAAGUGAAGGAACUGAAAUCAACUCUUUACCAAUUGAAACAAAUUACACGAAAUAUGACGCAGCCCACGAUAGGCUUCACGGAAAUUUGGGAUUAUUUAGAAAGCCAAAAUCUUAUUUCUGUUGGUGAUUACUAUGAACUUCGAAAGUCUCUUUUAAUGAGGAGCAAGAAAGAAUUGGUUUCGAGCAUCGAAGAGAUGGAAGACAAACUACUCGCUAAAUACGACAACGAGGAAGGGAAAACCUUAAGCCAGCCACCUAAUGAACCAGAUGCACCUGCGGAGCUGUUGCAAACCUACUCUCAAACGGUAGAUAGAAAGGUUAAGGACAAGGUAUAUGACCAGCCUGGUGGUCCCUGCAGAUACCUCCAGGACGUUAUGGUGUUGAUAAAGGUAUAUCUGCAGAAUUUAUCAACGAAUGAAAAAACAAAGAGUUCUGAGGCUCUCUACGCCUAUGUGGAUCACAAACUGAAAUCUCAAGACAUUGAUAUCAUGGUCAUAGAAGACAAAAAUACGUCUGAUCUCAAAAACAGCAAAGAUAAAAUCAGCGAACUUGAGGGAAAAAUCAAGCAAUUGGAAAGAGAUAAACAGGAUGUGAUAACGGCAAAGGACGAUUUGAGAAGCACACACGACCAGGAGAAAGGUAAACUGAAUAAGGAGUUGGCAACUGCAAAUGCCGAGAUAGAGACCAAGAGACGGAAGGUUCGUAGCCUAGAAAUAGAAAAGCAAGCUGCUGUCGUUACCAACGCAAAAACAACAGAAGAGGCCAAAAUCGAAUGCAAUAAGCUACGUGCCGAGAAGGAAAACACGUAUCAGAUGUACAAAGGGCUUCUUGAAAACAUCGAUGGGACCAGACGUGCAAUAAGAGGUGAAUACAAUCAGUUGGAAUUAAAGAAGGACGAGUGCCGUGCCGAAGAAGUCGAAGAGUACAGAAAAAUGCUGUGGAAGAUGCGAGAAAACUACGAGCAAGUGCUGUGGAGGCGACGCAACGACCAUGUCAAGGAAAUAGCUGAAGCGGACAAGAUGCUUGAUGUUUUCAAUUCUAGGCUUAAGGAAGUCAUUAUGAGGAAUGCAGAAGAUGAUUCACGCGCUAAGCUCGAGCAGAGGUUGUUCGAUCUUGAGAAAGAAUACACAAUGAGUCUUGCCGAGUGGGAUGAAGAACGUACCACACUGAAGUGCGAAUUGGUUGAAGCAAAUAUAGACAAAAAAAUUGCAGAAUUUCAACUCAAAAAGCAACUGCAGUACUACAAGACAGAGUAAACGUUAACAAAACGAUCAGAGCAGUCGUCGGAUACUAGAAAUGAAUUCACCAAUUUUUUAGCAAUAUCUAUGAAGGUUAAAAUGGAGCGAUGUCUAAAUAUAUAGUCCUCAUAUGCGCCACUUUGAAAAGCAAAUGUUUUUGUAAAUAAGAUGUAAAAUAGUAAUGACGACUAGUACAUGGAUCAUAUCUGUAUCAAAUAUAAAGUUCGUAUAGUCAAAUUGUCUUCAAGUAGGUGUUUGAUUUGUAUUAUAGAAAAAGUCAUAUAAAACUGUACCACUUAUUGUGAAAUACUGUGAGUCAUGCAUAAAGUAUUGGAAAUUAUUUGUCAGGUAAAAAGUUGCGACACUACAGUGUUUGUUCUGUGCAUUCUGUUUGUCGGAUGAACUAUUUGCGGACAAACUCACUCGUUUGUUUUCUAAAAAUAACAUGCUAA